AUGGCCACUGUGGGCAGCCUGUCUGGCCUGCAGUGGCAGAGUUUCAUGCAAAGAGCUGUGCCCUCAUUCUGCCACCUACACACAUCCCUUGGGCGAGCUGACUGCAACAGGGCCUCGUUCACAAGACUCCACAGGCAGGCCUACGCACGCCUCUACCCUGUACUCUUGGUCAAGCAGGACGGCUCGACUAUCCACAUCCGCUACAGGGAGCCACGGCGCAUGCUUGCGAUGCCUAUAGACCUUGACCACCUGUCUCCUGAAGAGAGAAAGGCUCGGUUCCGGAAACGUGAGGCCACGUUCAGAAAAAAGACGGAGGAGCCAGAGCUUAAGGACGACUUUGAUGUGGAGCGGUACAAACGAUUUUGGACCAAAAAGUGA